AUGUACCUGUCUAAGUGCUGUGAGAGAGCAGUGAGAACAACGAUAAUCGCGCAGACCACCCUGGAGAUCACGUUUUCCCGACUGACGUACUCCUCCGUCACCCUGACUGUGAUUGGGGCCGACGAUUUCAUUCUACAGUACCGGAAAAGUGGUACUGCGGAAUGGUUAGAGGUACAACACGCAGGAUCACAAAACGUCCGACUACAGAACCUGGAACCUGACGUCACGUACAGAGUACGUGCUGCACGCAGACGGGAAGGGGACACAGGGGAGAAUGUUUAUUCCGAGGAGGAGGCAUUCAGAACGCUCAGCAACGGUCACCUUGGCAUAGGACAUCCUCAACACUCUCCUUCAAGAUCGCGACCAGUCUCCUACAGGCUCUGUCUGGACUACAUCAGUAAGAACCUGACCAGUGAAGACUUCCAGAGACUCAAGUUCGUGUGUAAAGCACACCUGCAUGUCGGCGAGUUCGAACGCGUAACCAACGGCAGGGAACUGUUCACGGUGCUGGACAAAAAGGGCGUCAUAUCCGAGGACAACGUCUGCGAGUUGAAAACCACGUGUAGAGACUUGUCUCUGAGAGUGCCGUUGUGGACGUUGAAGAGAUACGAGCGCGAGUGGGAUCUGAUUGUAGCGACGGACGCAGCAGAUCUCACCACGGACGCCGAGCCGGAGUUACCACGGUACGACGAGGGAGAUCGACCACUACCGGUUGUAGACGAUCUCCCUCCCGCCCCUGCAGUCCCUGUCGCCCCGGUACCAGAGGACCCACUACCUGUUCCCAGCGCGCCCACUGUUCUGAGGGUGGUCCUCUUGUCCUUUCUUGCUGCUCUUGUGUUUGUGUGCUCCGUCUUCCUCAUAGGACGCUUCAUUCCCGAGGAGGAGCGCUUGAGAAGUGUCUUGGGGGUUCCUAAAGGUAUUGGGAUUCCCUUCAGUGAAGUGCCCUACCCCACGCCCUAUUUCACCGGCCACGAGGAUUACCUCAGCAAGUUGCAGUCGGAGCACGACAGGUUUUUCUCCAUGUGGUACGGGCAGAUGAAAAGUCACACUUUGGUUCAGGUACUAACGGGUCUGCCCGGGUACGGUAAGACGGAAAUCGCGAUCCAGUACGCGCUGAGAUCCUACCACCAGGGCAGGUUUCGGGGAGGCAUCUUCUGGCUCACCUGCUCCUCCAGACAACGGCUCAACGUUGGGCUGGAGAAAAUGAUGGCCAAUAUCGGCCUGUCUCUGGAACUAAAAGACUACACCCACGAGAAUAUCCUGCGGGUCGUGACGAAAUGGCUGUUGACCAACCACAACUGGAUGCUGGUCCUGAACGGGGUGCGCAGUCCCGACCUGGUGCGGGAGUACUUCCCCUCCCUACCGAAGGGCGGACACAUCAUCAUCGCUUCUGACUACACCGACUGGAAGCGCGUAUGGGACGGCACAGUCACCGCGGUAUACGAUGUCACCGGUUUGAACCAGUCAGAAGCAGAACUGUUCCUGAUCCGACGCCGUUGGGACCUCACUCUACAAGAGGCCGUAUCUAAACGCACAGAACUGAAAGAGUCCAAAUCCGACGAAUACAAAGCGUUACAGACUCUUGUAGGAAAAAACGGAUUCGACGGACUGCCUCUAGCGUUAGAAAAAGCCGGUGCCUACAUGAGGUACAACAAGUACUCCUUCGCGCGAUAUCUAGAGCUGUACCGGCGGAAAACCACGGGCCUUCUUGGCGAGGAACACGGCGAUCUGCCGAUCAACGUGAAAAGCAGCAUGCUGCUCAGUGCCGAGAAGCUGCAAAAGGACCAUCCUGCAGCAAUCCAGUUGUUGGAGAUCUGCUCCCUUCUUGACUUGGCCAUUCCGGAGUGGAUUUUCGUGCGUGCAGCCGUGAAUCUGACCGACUCAAGACUCAGAGACGAGCUACUAGGAGGAGAGAACAGCUCCUCUGUAUCGGAAAUCGAGAUUUCGGACAACCUGAACACGAUCCUAAUGAGAUUAGAGAGGUACUCUCUCAUCAAAAGACACCAAGGGGAAGAAACAGGCGAGAUGCCAACCGAAGAAAAUGAUGACGUCCAAAGGGAGAAGAUGUACUUCACUAUACCAAGGCUCUUACAGACGGUUGUUCGGUCUGACCUGAAGGAAAAGCCGCAGAAGAUGACCUUAGCUCUGAGUAACGGCAUCAGAAUCUUGAAGGCGAUAUUCCCCAACGCCACGUCCGUGUCUCUUGGAAUGUUCGUGUCCUUCAACGAUCGCGACAAACACAUCAAGUACAACUCCAUCGUCACCAACACACUCAUCGUCGGGCAGACCGUCUCCGAGGUCGUCCGGAAAUUCCCGAGGAAGAAAACGAGCACAGCCGACGUCGAGACGUGCUCGAGGAAGGAGGAAUGCUUACAACAAAUCGAAGACCCAACUCCUCUGUUCAACGCUGUCGGGAUGUACCUUAGAAGGGACGGGCAGUCGGAGCAGGCAUUGGAGAUCUUCCAACUGGCAGUGCGCGCUACCGAGGCUCUGAACAGAGAAGACAAAUAUCAACUGGCAAUAGCAAAACGGUACCUUGGAAAGGCCUACUUUGAACUGCUGGAGCUGGACAAGUCCGAGCGGGAGUUUGAAGAGUCCCUGAGACUGAUCAGACAGCUGUAUCCACAGGACCAUAUUGAAGUCGCCUGUGGUAUCCAGGCCGUGGCGCGUGCUCGGCAGCGCCGGAAUUUAACGGAGAUGGGCGAAGAUUACGUCAAAGAGACAGAGAGGAUGCUGCAGACAGCCCUCAGGCUAAAGAAAACCUUCCACGAGAAACGAAAUAUCUCCAACCACUACAUGAUCGCCGUGGCUUACAAUAACCUUGGGGCGCUCUAUCAGGAGCUCGGCCGUCUGGAAGAGUCAGAAAUACUCAUCAAAGCCAGUCUGAAGAUGAAGCGGGCAGUGUUUGGUGAGGAGCAUAUCAGCGUGGCUAUUGUAUUGAACAAGCUGGCGAGAAACUACCUGCUCGGCGACAAUCGCAACUUGACGGAAGCCGCCCGUCUGACCAAACUGUCUCUGGAGCUGAAGAAGAAGGUGCUCCCACAGAGGCACAGAGCGUGCCAACUAGCUCUCUACUUCCUUGUACGAAUAUACAAAGAGAUGGGGCAGGAAGCUGAGGCUGGGGAAUAUCUAAAGGAACUGAUGGAGUAUGACCAGAACAACGAGUUCGUACAAAAACUGGAGGACAACACAUCCAAUUUCUUCGAACUUUAUCCACAUGAUUGGACAGUGUGGCUAUGACGACACGAUGCAGUGAAGAUUAUCCAGCUGUACUUUGAUUCUAGAGCUUCUUAACAUAUCUUUUAUCCGUUUUAAUUGUAUAUAAGUUUGGAAUUUUAUUUCAGUCCAUAGAAUUGUGUUUUUUUACUAAAAAGUGUAAGGAAAACAGAAAUGACCAAAUGACGUCCCUUGAUUUUUGGCUACGCCUUAGCAGCGGAGGCAUGUAUUUCUAUGACUUAUUUCGUAAAGGAGAAAAACGUGUGGAUUUGUAAGUAUCCUAGGUGCAAUAUGCCAAUGACUAGCUGUAGGGGUAGGUAUGGCUACUGAUACGUUUUACUAGCUAAUUGUUUUGCAGUUCAAUGUGGGUUUUAUUUUACGAAACUGCUAGCAUUAUUUCUAUCAUGGAUUGUAUGGAUAUAAAUUAUAUCAAAGUGUCUUUAAAACUUGCUUUCGCGUUUCUCUGCUUGCACUGUAUAUGUUUGUUAUAAACUGUCUUAAAUUCAGCGGCAUGUCUAUGCUUUGAUGUUUUAUGUUUUUCUCGCAUCCACAAACAUCAUACCUUUGCUUGUAUUUUUCUGUGUCUCCGAUGUUUUUAAGCUGGAAGCGAAUUCCGAUGUUUUUAGGAGUCUAGUUUUCUAUGCAAAUAAACUAUCUGACGACGAA